AUGAGCACCAUCUCGCAAGUCGCCUCCGAAGUCCAGCUCCUGCAGCGCAUGACCAGCAUCCCCGGCUUCACCAACUUCCGCGACAUCCGCGUGCUGCAGGGUCGGCCCCCACCAGCCUUCUGCACCGCCUGGAAGAGCUUCAACAAGAGCCGGCGGAAGAGCCAGAAGAGUAUCUUUCCGGACCCGAGCAGGAAGAGUAGCUAUGACGACGAGCAGCUGUGGGCGGUCAUCGAGAUGCAAGAUGCUGGGACGGAUCUUGAACGGCUGAUCGAGGAGGGGACGGAGGCGAUCGGCGGGAUAUGGGGUGUCUGGGAUGUGUUUUGGGGGGUUGUGCUGGCGCUGGGGAAGGGGGAGGAGGGGUGUAGGUUCGAACACCGCGACCUCCACCUCGGCAACGUCUGUGUCCGCCCAACGCACGCAGGGUCAGACUCGAUCAUCUCAGCGCCCGAGAUCCGCCGCCUAGACCACAACCUCGGUUUCACAGGCCUCGAAACAACAAUAAUCGACUAUACGCUCUCGCGCGCUGAUAUGGAAGCCGCAUCCCCGCUCUCCAACGGCGCAGCCUCGCCUCAAGUCGCCUACCUCAACCUCGAAGCCGACCAAGCGCUCUUCGAAGGCGAUGGGGAGCUCGAGUACCAAUACGAUAUUUACCGCUUCAUGCGCGCAGCCAUGUACCUGGAUGAGCCGCUCGCGGAUCUCGACGCGCGGUGGGGGGAGGCGAUGCAGAGUGGGAGAACCUGGGAGGGGUAUCAUCCCCAGACGAAUCUGGUCUGGCUGCAUUUUAUCCUGUAUCAGAUGCUGGAGAGGGUGGUGUGGCCUAGUUCCGGGGAGGCUGGCGUGCUGAGUAGACUUGGUGAAGGCGUGGAUGAGGUGGCUGCGGCGAGGAAGGCGGGUAGGAUUGAGAAGGUGUUGGUGCGGUUGCAGGAUUUGUUGGAUCCGGGACGCCUUCCGGCCAGUGGGCUGAGGAGUGCUAAGGACUUGGUGGGGAUGGCGUUGAGGGAGGGGUGGCUGGAUGAGGGAGAUGUUAUCGGAAGUUUAGAAGAUGUCCCUGUGGCUGCUGUGAAGCCAAAGUCAAGGAGGAAGACGGCGAGGAAGACCAAAGGUGCGCAGAGUACGGGUGCGUCAUAA